AUGAUUGUGAGGAUAAUUUUAAUAUGUGCCUGCCUGGCAACGGCGUAUUCUGCAGGUUUCUACACUAUCGUAGCCCCUAAGGUGCUACGCCCCAACAGUGAGUUCCAUGCGGCCGUUGGCAUGCAAGGGGUUUCGCAACCGACCCAAGUAACGGUCAGCAUAGGAGGAAAACAGGACGGAGGCGGAAACGUUGACAUCACGCAAAGUGUCAACGUAGAGCCCUAUGCUACGAGGAUUGUGAAGCUUGAGGUGGGCGAUCUAGGUCCAGGGAUGUACAACCUAACUGCUAGUGGUUCAGGUGGACUUCAAUUUUACAAUACGACUGAAUUAAUGUACAGACAAAAGAGUUAUUCGGUUUUCAUACAAACCGAUAAAGCCAUCUAUAAGCCUGGGCAUAUGAUUUUAUUCAGAGUUAUUGUGCUGAAUGCUCAUCUUAAACCAGCAGUUACUGGAAGUAUGGACAUCCAUAUAAUGGAUGGCAAAGGCAACAGAGUCAAACAAUGGAAUCGUGCUUUAACAUCAAAAGGAGUCUUCAGCGGUGAACUUCAAUUAUCUCAAAAUCCAGUUUUGGGAGAUUGGACAAUUGUAGCCACUGUCAUGGACCAAACUUUCAGCAAAAGUGUUUUAGUAGCAGAAUAUGUUUUACCCAAAUUCGAGGUAACUGUGGAUGCCCCACAACAUACUACCUUCAAACAGGGAAAAGUUACUGCCACCAUUAGAGCUAAAUAUACCUAUGGAAAGCCAGUAAAAGGCGAAGCCACCAUAACAUGCUACCCCACCAUUUACUCAGGAGUAAUUCAGCCUUUAUAUCAGAAUCCAAUUCGAAAAGUUAUCCAAUUAGAUGGAAAAGCUACUGCCGAAUUUGAUUUGGUCGGUGAACUACAAUUAACUGACGAAUACGAAAGAACAGUGGUAAUAGAUGCCACUGUGGAAGAAUCUUUGACAGGAAGAAGACAAAACAGUUCAACCCAAGUACAGAUUCAUAAAUACAAAUAUAAAAUGGAGCUGAUCAAGACUUCGGAGUAUUUCAAACCGCAAUUGAAAUAUACAGCAUUCAUCAAAAUUUCACAUCAUGAUGGUUCUCCAGUCCAAGACAACACUAACAAAGUAAUCAUUCGACAUGGAUAUACCUACGAUAGCGAAAAAUACAAUGAAAGUAGCUACAUGUUGGACCAAAACGGAAUGAUCGAGUUGAACUUCUAUCCACCAAAAGACGAGAACAUGACCAUAUCCACAUUGGGAAUUGAGGCUCAAUACUUAGAUCUUAAAGAAUGGUUUUCAAGUGUAUCCAGUGCUACUUCACCAAGUGACACUUUCAUCCAAGCAGUUGUAGUAACACCAACGCCAACUGUCAAUGAAGAUGUUGCUAUCAGAAUCAAUUCUACCGAACCAAUGAAGUAUUUCAGCUACGAAGUUCUUGGAAGAGGAGAUAUCAUUGUUGCUGGAACUGUGGCUGUGCCUAAUGGAGCUAAGGAACACACUUUCAAAUUUUUGGCAAGUUAUGCAAUGGCACCAACUGCCCAUUUAAUAGUCUACUAUGUUAAAGACGAUGGUGAACUUGUGGCAGAUUCCUUGGACAUCGAUCUCAACGGUGAACUAAGAAACUUUGUCGAUAUCAAAUUAAGUACUCAAGAGGCAGAACCAGGUUCCAAACUUGACAUUUCCAUCAAGGCUAAGCCCAAUUCUUACGUUGGCCUUCUCGGAAUUGAUCAGAGUGUUUUACUUUUAAAAUCUGGUAAUGAUCUCUCUAGACAAGCAGUUUUAGAUGAACUGAGAGAGUAUGAUCAAGCAGAAAGAAAUCCCUAUUUACAUGGGCCCGGAGGACCCUUUGGUCUUAGAAGAUUUAAGAGAUCGUUCUGGAGCCCUGGAUCGGGUACAGCAAAUGACGUAUUUGAAAAAUCUGGUGCAGUAAUACUCACUAACAGUUAUGUCUACGAAAGCUAUCCAAUGCGUUUUUAUAUGAUGCGUGCCGGAUUUGGAGCCAAUUUUGGAGGUGCAAUUCCUAUGAAUGCCUUCGCUGCUGUCCCCGAAGGCGCAGUAGCUAAAUUUGGCAGCGGCGGCGCCCCUGAAAUAGAAACACCAAAAGUUCGAUCCAAAUUUCCGGAAACUUGGAUUUGGGAUAAUGUUGAUGUAGAUGGUUUCGAAGGACAAACGUCUUUACGCAAAGAGGUUCCAGACACAAUAACAUCUUGGGUCAUCACUGGAUUUUCAAUUGACUCCAUAUAUGGCCUUGGUUUAAUUGAGGAACCACGAAAACUUAAAGUUUUCCAGCCAUUCUUUGUAUCUUUAGAUCUGCCAUACUCUAUCAGAAGAGGAGAAAUCGUUGCUAUACCAAUUGUGGUAUUUAAUUACAUGGACAAAGAUGUCACAGCCGAAGUUACUUUGGAAAAUACUGCUCAAGAAUUUGAAUUCGCUGAGAUCUCAAAUGACGUUAAUGAUACGCCAAAGAUCGAAUUAUACCGCAAGAAACGUCUGAUGGUUCCCGCAAAUAAUGGAGCAAGCAUUUCAUUCAUGGUUACACCGAAGAAGGUUGGAUACUGUACCAUAAAGGUUACUGCAAGAUCAUCAAAUGCUGGAGACACCGUAGAACGUCAACUUCUUGUCAAACCAGAAGGAGAAACGCAAUACAAAAACAAAGCUUUAUUCGUAGAUCUGCGACAAAAAUCUGAUUACAUGGCCAAUUUCACUGUUGAAAUACCCAGGAAUGUAGUUCCUGAUUCUGUACAACUAGAAUUGGCAGCAGUUGGUGACAUUUUGGGACCCAGCAUUCCAAAUUUGCAAAAUUUGAUCAAAAUGCCUUCCGGCUGUGGCGAGCAGAAUAUGUUGAACUUCGUGCCAAAUAUCGUAGUCAUUGAAUAUUUAAAGAAUACAAAUCAACUGACACCAGCAGUUCAGACAAAAGCAAUUAAAUUCUUGGAAAUUGGAUACCAACAGGAAUUGACUUACAAGAGAGAUGAUGGUUCCUUCAGUGCUUUUGGAAAAUCUGAUGCCAGUGGAAGUACAUGGUUGACAGCAUUUGUAGCAAAAUCCUUCCGGCAAGCUGCUCCUCAUAUUUUGAUUGAAGAGCGUAUUAUCAGUGAUGCUUUGCGGUGGUUAAGUGACAACCAAGCUUCAGAUGGAAGUUUUCCAGAAGUCGGAAAAGUUGUUCACAGUGAUAUGCAAGGACAAGCCGGAAAAGGCAUCGCUCUUACAGCUUACACCCUCACUGCAUUCCUGGAAAAUCAGCGUAACUUUGAUCAAUACCAAAAUACUAUCAACAAAGCUUUGGACUAUGUAGCAAGAAAUUUGCAAGGAUUGGAGGAUCAAUAUGCUUUGGCUUUAUGUGCUUAUGCCCUGCAUUUGGCCAAUCAUGCACAAAAAGAUAGUGCAUUCAGUAUUCUGGAUGGAUUCGCAAAAACAAAAGAUGAUGCAAAAUGGUGGUCCAAACCAAUUCCCAAGAGCGAAGAGCGCAAUCCUUGGCAUUCUCUUCCUAAUUCUGUAGAUGUAGAAAUGACAUCAUACGCCUUAUUGACACUUCUUCGCAGAGACUUGGUUUCUGAUUCUAUUCCAGUAAUGCACUGGUUAGUUUCUCAAAGAAAUGAACAAGGAGGAUUUGCAUCAACUCAGGAUACUGUCGUCGGAAUUUACGCAUUGGCAAAGCUUGCUGAAAGAAUCACUUCAGGGGAUAACGAUGUCAGAGUGGUGGCCAAAUAUGGAAGAGGAGCUCAGACGAGUAUUAAUAUAAAUAGGGGCAAUACAAUGAUUUUGCAGAAAUAUGAGUUACCUCCAAACAUUCGCCAAGUGAAUAUUUCUGCUACAGGUCGUGGUUUUGCGAUAGUGCAAUUAUCAUACAGGUACAACGUGAAUGUGACCGGUGCCUGGCCAUUGUUCAAUUUGGAUCCACAAGUUGAUAAAAAUUCGAAUCAAAACCAUUUGCAGUUAUCGAUUUGCUCAAGUUUCGCUGGAACAAGGGAAAAUCAAACUGCAGAAAGUAACAUGGCUGUGAUGGAAGUUACUUUGCCAUCAGGAUUUACUGUAGAUCAAGACUCUUUACCUAGCUUAGAGGUUUCCCAAAAUGUGAAACGAGUUGAAACAAAGGAUGCUGAUACUGUCGUAGUAAUGUACUUUGACAGUAUGUCCAGGAAUAAAGAAUAUUGCCCUACAGUAUCCGCGUACAGAACACACAAGGUGGCUAAACAAAAGCCUGUUCCAGUUAUUCUAUAUGAUUACUACGAUUCAUCCCGCAGAGCCCGAGUUUUCUACGAAGCUCAAACAGCCACACUUUGUGAUAUUUGCGAAGGUGAGCAAUGUGGAGACACUUGCAGUAGUAAUCCGAGAGGAAAUUCUCAAACUGGUCAAAACAUCAAAAACGAACCAGCAUCAGGAAAUGGAUUAUUAGCCAAUUCACUUCUCGUAUUAUUGGCAAGUGCAAUUUUAGCAUUUGCUGCAGGGAACAGGAAUUAGGUAACAUUGUACAAAUAAGUUUAACGUGUAAUUAACAUAUCUAGUUUAACAAAUUGCUGUUACAACUUGGAGGAAAACAUGUUUAAAUUUUCAUGAAAACAUUUGAAAAAAAUGAAUGCCUAGUUGGAUACAUUGAAUAUUACAAUUCUUAUUAAUUUCGUUUUCAUCCUUGUCGUUUUUCAAAAAUACUGCGGAUUAUCCAGUUCUUAAACUGAUUUUUUAAUAUAAAUUUAAACUAACAAAAGUUAUCUUAAGUAUUACCAAAUUCAGUAAAUAAAUGAUAAAACUUAAAAGAUUUCCUAGCACGCAUAACAGUUCUAAAAUUUGAUAUUUAUUAGCAACAGAUUUUGUCCAAAAGGAAGAAACCUAAUUGUUUACAUAUAAACAAUUAAUUCAAAAUUUUAAUAAAUUUAG